UUUAUAUUAUUGGCUCUUCAACUUCGGAACGACAGUCUUUAUUUCAGUAAUACUAAAAGCGUGCUGUGCUAGUUUGAAGAAUUUGUAAUGAUUAUAAAACAAUAAGCACUAGAAUAGACGGAAAGUGCGAAAAAAUCAACAUGGACACUCUAAACACAAAUAUUACGUUUGAAUCAUCGGAAAAUAGUUUACCAUCAAAGAAAGGAAAAUCGAAAAAAUCUAAAACUACGAAAUAUGAUAGCCAAAACAUAAAUAUGAAAAAAAGUUUUACCAAAUUUGAUGAACUUCAAAAACGUAAUCUGAUUCAUGUACGUUCACGAGAUUCUAAAAAAGCUCAAGAAGUUUUUCGAUCUACAACUGCUGAGCAUCCUGACAGAUGCCGUCAAUGCAAUAAAACGGUAUACAAAAUGGAGGAAGUCAUUCUUCAAUUGAAAACAGGAACGACUAUUUUUCAUAAAAUGUGCUUACGUUGCAAGGAUUGUGGCAAACAACUUAAAUCUGACAGCUAUAACAUCCAUGACGGAACUUUUUAUUGUUCUAUACAUUUUAAAUCUAUCUUUUCACCGAAGAUAGUUUAUGAAGAAAUUACUACGCGAAAACCAGAGCUAAUAAUACGAGAGAAUCAACCAAUAGAAUUACCACCGGAUGUCGCAAGAGCAUCUGACAAACCCAGUCUUGGACUUGAUGAACUUCAACAACUUGAUGUGCGCUCAAAAUUUAAGGUAUUCGAAAAUGGGUGUAAGGAACAUAAUAAUAAUCUACAAGAACGUCAAGAUAACAUAACACACUGUAAUGCUAUAACACAAAAUAAGUCAAUACGGUCCACGCUAACCAAACUUCAAAAGCUCGGGAUAACUAAUUCAGAACCAAGAAAAUUAUCUGAUAUUAACACCAGAAAUGAUUUGAAUACCGAUGACGAAAGCGAUACUGAUAUAUUGUACUCCAGGAAAGAUAUUGAAAGAGAAAGACCUCAGGGCUUGGGAGACGCGAUGAACGAUAUAAGAUCGAAAUUUGAGCACGGUCAGGCUAUGUUAAAAGAAGAACGUCGCGAAGAAAGAAAACAAGAAUUACAGAGUAUAAGAUCUCGAUUAUUUUUGGGAAAGCAAGCAAAAAUAAAAGAAAUGUAUCAAUUAGCUGUUGCUGAAUCAGAACAACGAGGUAACUCGGUGGGUAAGACGUCGGAUAUUAAUGUCAUUACGGCCACUCAACAAAUCAAGGAUCGGUUCGAGAAUGGCGAUGUUUUUAACGAUAAUAGAAUCCAAUCAAAAGAGCCCAUUUUUGGAAUGCAAGCAGAUGAGAAUGUUUUUGAAUCUGCAAUUAGUAAGUCAUCCCGAAGUAUUUUUAUGGAGAUGGAUGCCAAUAUAAGUUCCAUAUCAAGCAAAAGCUGUGUAAAAAAUGUUCAGUCCGAUAAAAAAAUAUUAUAUCAUAAUCAAAUGUGUCAAGAGAAUUCGAACGUUGAUGUUAUAAAAUCCGAUUCAAAACAAGAAGAAGUCAAAGUCACCACUGAAGAGUUAGCAAAAAGGUUUAAAUUCUUCGAAGAAUACUCCCCGGAUGAAAAAAAAAAAAAAAAAUUUUGCAUGACACCGCCACGUGAGGAUGUUCAGAAUUUGCUCGCUAUUGAUUUGGACACGGAUGUAUCACACGACUUAUUCGAUGAUACCGUUUUGAAUAAUACGAAAACCACGACAACAAUUUUAACAAAGUUUCGCGAAAUGGAAGAACAAAAAUUAAAUGAUAAGAACAAGGAAAGAAACCCAAAACCAUUAAAGUGCUUCACUCCGCCACCUGAAAUUGAUAAUCAUUUAAAAUCAGAUACUGAGGAGGAUAAUUAUAGUGAUAGCGAGCAAAAUAGCGAUGACGAUGAAGAAGAAUUUGAAAAUGUUCCUCCUAACUCAUAUCACAAGGAUGAAGCCCUUUAUGAGGCUCAAAAUUCAGCUCGGGCUAAACAAUUGCGAGCAAAGUUCGAAAAAUGGCAAAUUAACGAAAUAGAGCGCGAGCUCAACGAAGGACGGGAAAACGUUUCGAAGCUCAUUUCAAAUGAAUCAAUUGAAAGUGCAAAAACAAUACGGGAACGCUUUGAAAAUUUAAACAAUUUUGACACUCAUCUGGAAAAUACACAAAAAGCUGAAAUAAAACGAUUUGUUGUGAGUGAAAAAAAAAUAAAUCAAAGUAUUUGAUUUAUCCCUUUAUUUUGGUAACACGAUGAUCUUUAAAUGACGAAAUAUCACCAAAAAGCGAUUUGAAAUAAAAUUAUGGACCCCCAGAAGCUUUGAAAUAACAUCUUACACUUUAUAUAUCUUAUAUAAAUACAUUUUUGACAUUUUAAAUGUGACAAAUA